AUGGAAUGUCCAAUGUGCUAUGAAUUCUAUGCUCCGGAUAGAGUGGCAAGAAACCUACUCUGCGGUCACACUUACUGCACUAUAUGUCUUGAAACUAUGUAUAAAGUAAGUAAGAGAAUCGAAUGUCCUAUUUGCAGGACAAAACAUGAACCGAAUGUUAAACCAAAUAAUUUAAGCAAGAAUUUUGUGGCCAUGGAUUUGGCUUCUAAGCAUUAGGAAGAAUAGUAAGCUGGACCCUUUAACAAUUAGAAAAACAUUUGAACUCUGCUCUAAACAUUAGAAAUACCCAUUGUAGUUUUAUUGCGAAGAUGAUUAAUCAAAUAUGUGCACAGAAUGUAUUACUGAACAUUAUGGUCAUAAAUUUUUUAAAUAUGAGCAUUCAGGUAUUGAUUUAUGUUAAAUCUAGUCUCUUUAUAAAUGAAUAGAGUAAGUAGCAUCUAAUCAAAGUUAAAGACCCAAUAUGAGAGUUUGGAAAAAUAGAUGAAAACUUUCGAUAAUUGCAAAGAGUAAUUAGAAUAAGAUAACUUAAGACUUGUAUUUAAAUAAAAUAAUACUUAGAUUUAAUAAAUUGAUGAUUAAUUUGAUAGAAUAAUUGCCAAGUGUGAAAAAAGAAGAAAAGAAUUGAAGGAUAACUUAUUAAAAAUAUUUGACUCUGAAAACGAGCAGAUUGAAUCAGAAGUAGCAUUUAAUCAGUCAUUACUAUCUAAUAUGGCUCUAAUAUAAUAGAAAUUGGAGGAAAAGUAUAAUGAAUUAAGUAGAAUUUUUUGAAAUAUUUAGAGACUACAAAGACUUUUAAAGGAAAUGAUUUCAUUAAAGAGAUUAAUAAUUUAGAUGAAUUGGCAGACAAAGACAUUGCUUAAUUUAGAAAGUUAAGAGGUGGUGAAUUUAAAAUACUGCCUAAAUUAAAUUUUGAAUAAAAACUAAUUGGUGAUAUUUCUAAAUAUGGACAAUUUAAGAAGGAAGUUAGCAAUCCUUAGAUUUGCUACUUUGGAGAAAAGCAUAAAAUUUUAAUUUACAACAUUGAAAAAAAUGAUUGGUAAUAUAGAUAAAUUUCCAAUGUAUAAAGUCAUGAAUUAAUGAAUAGAAUACAUUUGAUUACAAUUAUUAUGCUGCAGCAGCUAGUUUACCCAAUGGAGACAUCAUAAUAACAGGAGGAGGAGUCAGCAGAAAUGCUAUGUUAAUUUCGCCAUCUUAUGGAUUUUAAUAGUAGGCUUUGAAGAGUAUGUACUAUCCCAGGAAAGAGCAUGCUUGUGUAUAUCUGGAUGGAUUUGUUUACGCAAUAGGAGGGUAUCUGAGAUAAAUGAUCUAAUAAGUUAUGAUGGCACUACAAAGCAGAUGUUAUCUUGUUGUGAAAAGUAUAGUUUGACAGCAGAUGAAUGGAAGAUGAUUGAUCCACUCUAAAAGUAGAAGUGUGCAUUUGCUGCAGCUACUGCCUUGAAUAAUUAUAUUUAUGUCUUUGGAGGAUUCGAUGGAAGAGAGAGAUAAAAUACGAUAGAGAGAUACUCUGUCAAAGAUAAUCAAUGGAAGGUCUUGGAAGUCAAGUUCAAGUAAGGAUUCAGUAAUGCAGCAGCACUCUCUUAUGAUGAUAAUUAAAUUCUCAUUUUAGGAGGAGGGUAUACUCAUUGAUCUAAUAUCUAAGUUCUAAUUAAGGAUUCACUAACAGUUUGCAAGUCUUUGAUACAAAUAAUCAAACCAUUAAGAUUAUUAGUAUGAUGACGGAAGGGAGAGAUUUGAGAAAUAAACUUAUCAUUUAUAACAAUGAUUUGUAUGCAUGUGGAGGCAAUAGCAAUUCAAUUGAAAAAUUUUCAAUCUCUCAAUAAGUUUGGACUAAUCUUAAGUAUUUGGCUCAUCCUAAUUUAAUUUAGAAGCUAUGAUUACUUAGUUUAGGAUAAUUUAGACUCCUGGUGCAGUGCUUUUACUUUUGAUUCUAAUACAUCAUAUAAUGUUUCAAAUUUGAAGAAGACUUGUAAAUCUAUAGAAGUAACACUAUUGUUAAUUUAGAUAUAAUAAAACUAAAAGCAUCAACAUUAGGAAUAAAUUAUGUUUGAGAAUGAUUCAUUCAAUCAGGAUGCCUUGAGUGAUGUAUCGGAUGAUUAAUUCUAUAAUAUUUCAAAUCAAGUUUAGUAGAAUGAUUGGUUUUGA